GCGAUAGCCCUUUGAUUCGACCGAGAGUAGCUGGAGAUACACACAGACAUGGAUUAUAAAAAAAACUAGUUUAAGCUUAUUUAUGCAUGUUGGCAUUUUUUAUUUUUAAAAAUAUGUGCACCAAUAGGAUUACUAAAUAAGUCUCGUCUACGAGAACACCGAUCCGGAUCUCGAGAAGAUCUUCCACCUGGCCAUCAGCAAGGCGAAUGAGGAGAAUGAGGAUCUGCAGCUGCACGGCGUGUCCGUCUCCAUUGAGCCGGGAAACUCCUUCGAGACCUCAAAGAAGCUCUGCAAAAUGCUAAGGCAAAAUCUGGUGGCAGUUUUCGGACCCACCUCGAAUCUGGCCGCCCGUCACGCGAUGAGCAUCUGCGACGCCAAGGAGCUGCCCUUUCUGGACACGCGCUGGGACUUUGGGGCCCAGCUGCCGACCAUCAAUCUGCACCCACAUCCAGCCACGCUGGGCGGGGCGCUGCGGGACAUGGUGGUGGCCCUGGGCUGGGAGAGCUUCACCAUCAUCUACGAGUCGGGCGAGUAUUUGCCCACCGUGCGGGAGCUGCUGCAGAUGUACGGCACCGCUGGUCCCACGGUCACGGUCCGUCGCUAUGAGCUGGAUCUGAACGGGAACUACCGGAAUGUACUGCGGCGUAUACGCAAUGCGGAUGAUUUCUCGUUCGUGGUUGUCGGAUCCAUGGCCACUCUGCCAGAGUUCUUCAAGCAAGCCCAGCAGGUGGGUCUGGUGACCAGCGACUACCGCUAUAUUAUCGGCAACCUGGACUGGCACACCAUGGACCUGGAGCCGUACCAACACGCCGGAACCAACAUCACGGGUCUGCGCCUCGUCUCUCCGGAUAGCGAACAGGUGCAGGAGGUGGCCAAGGCGCUCUACGAGAGCGAGGAACCCUUCCAGAACGUGUCCUGCCCCCUGACCAACAGCAUGGCCCUGGUCUACGAUGGCGUCCAGCUUCUGGCCGAGACCUACAAGCAUGUGAACUUCCGGCCCGUGGCCCUCAGUUGUAACGAUGACAGUGCCUGGGACAAGGGCUACACUCUCGUCAACUACAUGAAGUCGCUAACGCUGAAUGGCCUCACGGGACCCAUUCGGUUUGACUACGAGGGACUCCGCACGGAUUUCGAGCUGGAAGUCAUCGAGCUGGCCGUUUCGGGGAUGCAGAAAAUCGGGCAAUGGAGCGGCGAGGAUGGCUUCCAAGAGAAUCGCCCUGCCCCGGCGCACUCCUUGGAGCCGGAUAUGCGUUCGCUGGUGAACAAAAGCUUCGUCGUCAUCACGGCCAUUAGUGAACCCUAUGGCAUGCUAAAGGAGACCUCCGAGAAGCUGGAGGGCAACGAUCAGUUUGAGGGCUUCGGCAUCGAGCUAAUUGACGAGCUGUCCAAGAAGCUGGGAUUCUCCUACACGUGGCGCCUCCAGGAGGACAACAAGUAUGGAGGAAUCGAUCCCAAAACAGGCGAAUGGAAUGGCAUGUUGCGUGAGAUAAUUGACAGUCGCGCUGACAUGGGCAUUACGGAUCUGACCAUGACAUCGGAACGAGAGAGUGGCGUCGACUUCACCAUACCCUUUAUGAGUCUGGGAAUCGGCAUCCUCUUUCGCAAACCGAUGAAGGAGCCACCGAAGCUGUUCUCCUUCAUGUCCCCGUUUUCAGGGGAGGUCUGGCUCUGGUUGGGUCUGGCCUACAUGGGCGUAUCCAUCAGCAUGUUCGUGCUGGGAAGGCUAUCUCCGGCGGAGUGGGACAAUCCGUAUCCUUGCAUUGAGGAGCCAACGGAAUUGGAGAACCAGUUUAGUUUCGCCAACUGUCUGUGGUUCUCCAUAGGUGCUCUACUUCAGCAGGGAUCUGAACUUGCUCCCAAGGCUUACUCCACUCGGGCCGUGGCCGCUUCCUGGUGGUUCUUCACAUUGAUUCUGGUCUCCUCUUACACUGCUAAUCUCGCGGCAUUCCUCACUGUCGAGUCUUUGGUAACGCCCAUCAAUGAUGCGGAUGACUUAUCGAAGAACAAGGGCGGUGUAAACUACGGGGCCAAAAUUGGGGGAGCUACCUUUAACUUCUUUAAGGAAUCAAACUAUCCCACCUACCAGCGGAUGUACGAGUUCAUGAGGGAUAAUCCCCAGUACAUGACCAACACCAACCAGGAGGGAGUUGAUCGCGUGGAGAACUCCAACUACGCCUUUCUCAUGGAGUCGACCACCAUUGAGUAUAUCACAGAGCGCCGGUGCACGCUCACUCAGGUGGGAGCAUUGCUGGACGAGAAGGGAUACGGGAUAGCCAUGCGAAAGAACUGGCCGUACAGGGACACGUUGAGCCAGGCUGUUCUGGAGAUGCAGGAGCAGGGACUGCUGACCAAAAUGAAGACCAAAUGGUGGCAGGAGAAGCGCGGCGGGGGAGCUUGUUCGGACUCGGACGAGGACUCUGGCGCCGUGGCCCUGGAGAUAAGUAACCUGGGCGGUGUUUUCCUGGUGAUGGGAGUCGGCUCCUUCUUUGGCAUCUUUGUCUCCCUGCUCGAGAUGGUGCUGGGCGUUAAGGAGCGCAGCGAUGAGAACCAGGUAUCCGCCAGGAUAUAUUCCAGCUUCGAGAAUACCCCGCCUCACGAUCCGAUUAGCUGGCCUGCCUUUAUUGCACACACACUUGAAAACUUUUACAUCUCCGACAUCCUCCGAAAAACCCACAGGAAGCCCCAGACUCGGAUGCCUCCUCGCUGGGAUUUGCCAAUUUGGGCGGCGUCUACCUCGUCAUGUUUGUGGGCAGCUGUUUUGGUAGUAUUUAUGGCCUGGUCAACUGCGUGGUGAGCGUCUACUUGAGAGCGCGGGAGAACAAGGUAACGCGGAUGGAGACCUAUAAAUAUAUUCCAAUGUUUCGUGACUAAAAGUGGCGGAGAAAAGGUCGCCCUAACGGAUUCGUUUCAUCAGCUUCCCAGAACGACAGCUCGGAGCCAAAAAUACAUUCACCACCUUUUCAUUUGUGUCGUCCUUAAUUUUUCAAUUUUCCUAAUCUCGUUAUGUUGUCUACUACAUUGCCUUGUUCAUGAAUGCUUUAUGAUAGAUUUCAUCCGCAUGCUACUUUCGCCCUUCCGUCAGUAAAGAGUUUACCUAACAUCAACGCUUUCACAUCGGCAGGUGAGCUUCAAGACGGAACUUCUGGACGAGAUCCGCUUCAUUUUACAAUGCUCCGGCAAUACCAAAGCGGUGAAGUAUCCGAAAAACUCUUCGCGAUCGAAUGCCAGCUCGAAGUCUAAGGGCUCUUCCAUGUCAGU